AUGUCUACUACUGACGAGCCUAUCGAAAAUCUCGAUGCCGAUUCCUCUCCUCGCCAACCUGGACCGGUGGCAGGUCAAGCAGAAAACGGCUUGUUGGGACUCGAUGGGGCCCUGCCUUCGAUUCGCUCCGUCUCUUUAAUCCUUCAAGCCCUCAUUCCUCUGCUUAUAUCGUUGGUUCUGCUCCUGGCUGGCCGUCGACUGUACAGGUUCACCACCACCGUUUCAGUAGGCUUCUCAUGUGCUCUGUUCACUUGGGCGCUUUUUGUUAACCUGGAAGAGGGUCAAUCAAUUGGUGGCUGGACAGGAGAAGUGGCAGCGCUGACUGUCUGGUCAGUCAUGGUAGGAGGAGGACUGAUUGGUGCUAUCAUCGGGUAUCAGUCCACCUGGUGGGGUGCCCACGUGACGGGACGACUGUGUCUGGGUGCCAAUUCCGGGGUCGGCUUCGCCUUUUCAGUGCUCCUCUUCAAAGCCGGCCUGCUUAUCCACAGCCCAGCCGGUCAAUGGUCUUUAGUUUCCGUCUGCGCUAUCAUCGGUGUCCUCCUUGUGCUUUGCGACCACGUCAUCGGACCGCUCUUUGCCAUCUCGCUUUGUGGAAGCUUCCUGUUUCUGCUCGGAGUUGAUCUGUUCAACACACUCGGAGACGGCGGUGUGGCUUCUGGUUUACGCUUGCUGCUGGAUCAUAACCCUGAUCACCAAAUGAUCAUAACUCCGUACAAUCCAUCAAAGUCGACGGCAAUACUAAUCAUUGUUUCUUGGGUGAUUGCUGUGUUAUCCUUUGGAUUUCAAUACGCGUUUUAUCACACUCCCUUCGGACCUUUACCGCCGAUUGAAGAACGCGAUGAGGAGGAACGUCUAGGCUCUGAGGGCAAGUCAAAAGGUUCAUUUUCCCAGGGAAGCUCGGAGGAUGCGAAAAAGGAAAUCUCCGGAUCUGAAGUCAACCCUCAACCAACCGAACACUAUCAGACAAUCAAUAUCAGGAACCCUCGUACCUCAACUGGGGCUUCCAUCGGCACCAAGGCAUCUGCAACCUUGGUUGAGUGCAAUCGCGUCGCGGGGGCGCAUGAGUCUUCCAACCUUCCUUACGCCUCGCCGCGAGCAGGUCCGGUGGUAGUUGGAGAGUACGGCUCGCCACCCGCACUUGCCUUAUCUCCUACCGUUUAUUCGCGUUACAGACGUACGCUAGAUGCAGAACACAAGCCUCCCGGUCGUUCGCCCAUCCAGUACAAUAUUCACUCGAACUUGAACCCCUUCAACAAUCCGAGACGAGUGGAGACGGUGGAUGAAGUGACUGAAACUUCGACAAGCGUUCGUGGCGGAGAUCUGACGGCACGCUCCUCGAUGCUUACCGUAGGCGGGGCGCCAGAGAAAAAGGCCAGGAGCAACAGCGUGAGCGAGGAGUAUUUGCAGGCGAUGAUGCGCCUCGCAGCUGGAGAAGUUCCAGAGAACAAAGCCAAGGACAUCGAACAGAAGCAACUAACUCCGGGAACAAGAUCCAUGCCAGUUAGUGCCCAAGAGGACCGUUCGCCAAAGAUCGCACCAGUUCAGGAUACUCCAUCCCCGAAGCUUUCUCCCAUCACCGAGUCUGAAACUCAAGUCGCAGUCGGUCAUUCUUCUGCGAAAGUUGGCCAAUCUGAAAAUUCUCCUGUGCUAGUCCCCGCUCCAGAACAGGCCACCUCCAGCUUGGUUCCGAUUUCUGCACCCAUGUCUUCCUCCUUCGCUACCCACGAAUCCCAAUUAUCACCAGUGCAUGGUCAAACUGAGAUCCCGCCCGCUGAGGGCGUCAAAUCACCCAUUUCCGCGGAUGCCCGAGACCAGCCAAAUAUCGGACCGAACAAGACUUCUCAGCCCCUAUCUAAAUGGCCAUCAUGUUCCAGCUUUGGUCAGGUACUUUCGACAGGUAGUCGUGGGAGUGGAAAUCCUGAGACUGAGGAUCGACACAGUGCUGCGCCUCGGACCGCUGCUAGAGCCCGAUGCCCUGGAAUCUCUUUGGCUGAACCUGAUUCUAAUAGUAGAAGGAGCCGAGAACUCGGUUUGGAGUCCCGCGUUGGUUCCGUUCACUCGGGCUCUCAUCAAGCAAGAAAUGGUCAAUCAACUUCGGGCGAAGAACUUGCGGGCACGGAAAGCGGCUCCAGUGAGCUAGCUUCCAGUGCCAUGAAGAGAUUGCUAGCGGGCACUUCGGAAAGUGGCUCCAGUGAGCUAGCUGCCAGUGCCAUGAAAAGGUUUAGCCAUCGACCACUCCCCCUGCCCCCCCGAGGAGUGGAAAGAGGCGACGCUCCAGGUACCCUGGCAGUGUCCAGCCCUUCCCCUAGUAGCAAUCAUCUCAGAGAUACUGGCAGUCUCAACAGCGCGACUUCCCAGGCUUCAUCGGCGUUGGACAGCUUUGCACGAGCCGAUCGAGACAGUAGUGUGCCUACCACUCCCUCCUGGUCUGGCAAUAUCCUGAAAGAUGACCGUAAGGAAGAGGUGGCUUAUUCGAGCGGCGCGUCUUCCAGGAAGAAGCUUUCGAUCAUCGUGACGAAGAGUCCAGUGCAGGUCGAAAGAGGAUCGCUGAAUAGCCCGAGCAGCCAAGAAGCCGAGAGAGACCACUACUCCGACGUCUCAAACCCUGGCGCGAACUCUGCCGUACCCCAUACACCCACCAUGGGUAACAUGCUCCUUCGUGUGGCCGAGAAUACCGAGAAGCUUCGCCGCCAAGUCGAGAACUCAAACAAGGAAUCUGCAAACAACCGACAGGCUGUGUCUAGCCAGACCUCGAGGGAGGAUGAUGGGGAUGGCGAGACGGUGAGAAGUGAGGCCUCUAAACGGUCGACGGUUUGCAUGAGUUCGGCAUAUGGCCAUACCAGCGCCGACGAAGGUGGUCGAUCGUCCUCCGAAUCCGAAUAUGGUGAUGAUGACGAGCAGAGCCGCGAGUACUUCAAUCCGAGCCGGUUUCAGCAGUUGGACCAAGCAAUGGGAGAGUGGGGCCAGGUGGUUGGGCAGGAGGCAAGAGCCGGCGGGAGAUUGGAGGACGGAGGAUCGCCGAGUCUCCAGUCGAUCCCUCUGCCAUCCCGAGAGAGCCACACGGGGCCCUCUUCGUAUACGACCGAGUCGUCGAGCCGGACGGCCAUGAUGGGCGGGACGCCCUUUGUGGGACAGCCGUUGGCCGAGGUACCAUGGCCGCAGAGGCGGCCCAACCAGCCCGGCGAGCCCAACACACCAGCGGCGAACGAGAAACGCUGGACGAGCGCCUCGUCGAUCUUCCCGCCCUUGGCCUACGAAUCCUCUGCCGAGUCGCCUCGGCCGGAGCGGGCAUCGGAUGAGCGCGCCAACGGCGGCCACUCCUCCUCCGACUCGGGCACCGACCGGAUCCCGCUCCGGAGACUCCGGGAGACCACCAACGGCAGCGUGGCGAGCUUCGAGGAGGAUUCUCGGGCCGCUCGGCAUGGGAUGUUCUGCAGCGCCUCCUCCCAUGUCGACGACGACUAUCACGAUCUCAGUAGCGUCAGUCAUGUCGACGAGACCGACGCCGAAGACCCCUAUGAAUCGGCGGCUGACUACAGCAGGAGUCUUAGGGCAUCCCUCAACGGAGGUUAUCUCACUGCAGAUGACUAG